AUAAAUAGAGAUCAGUCCGUGGUAAUGUCGUUAUUAUUGUUUUUUACAGUUUUAAAGCAACAUGAUACAGGUUUUCUGUUUGGUUGUCACUUUUACAAGUGCCAUUAAUUUGGUGCUAAGUGAAGAGCCAACGAUGUUUCGUAAGAAUUCGAAUUCGACUAAAGAAUUAGAAGCCAUCAAGGUUGCGAAAAUUAGACUCGAUAAUGAAAUCCAAACUGCCAUCAAUAAUCAUCCCGGGAUCAAAUUAUUGGAAUCCAUACAGCAAGACUUUAUAUCCAAUUUUCACCCAGUAUUACGUGAUUUGGAGCUCUUGUUUGACGGUUAUAAGACUUGUACUUUUUUGGUUGACCUAACUUACGAAGAUUACUUGCAAAAAGUCACUGAGAGAGAGGAUAAAGCACAACUUGACCAAUUUCAAAAAAUGAUCAAUAAAUGGGAAGGAAAGUUUUUAGUGAACUACAUGAUUCAAUCGAAUAUAAUGUUUGCACGUAAAAAGAUGGACGAACUUCUGGAUGAAAAAGGCAUUUUACAUUCAAUCAUAAAUGAAGCGAUUGCGUAUGGAAAUGUGGAUAAAAAUGGAGCUGCUUGGAUAUCCGCUAAAAAUCAGGCUCAUGAAUUUUCCUAUAAUAUGUUAAAACAUACACCGAAAAAACCAUGCUUGGUUGUCCUAAAUGAAUUUAAAACUGACUUGAAAAAGUUUGACUGAUAUGGUUAUUCCUUUUUUUCUGUUUGUACACGUGUAUGAAAAAUAAUAUCAUCUCAAUUAGUCAGUAAGAUAAGCAAUAAAUACUGAAAUGUUUUUUGAUUCUCACAAGAAGUUGCGUCGAGCUCAUAUAUGAAUAAAGGUGAUACAUUUACAAAUUUCGCA